UUAGUUUUGGCUUGCUUAGUAACGUCUGUGAUGGAUUGUCUGUGAAAAAAGUAUAUUUUGCCGCCAGAAUGGAUGUUUCAAAGCAAUUAACUCGAGUUCUCGAAAAGAAAGGAUUUUCUUCGGUGAACAAAUAUGAGUUAAUGUGCCUUGAGAACCAGGCAAAAGACAAUGGCCCUGAUGAGGAGAGAACCAGACUGUCCUUCCAGGUCCUCGAUGACCUCAUUCCUAAGCUUGGUGUCUACACACGUAUCUUUGCCAAGGUCAGGGACGACCUUUAUGCAUCAGUUUACAGUGAAAACCUGACGGCACAUAAAGAUGGCAGUAUUGCCCAGAUUCCGUACUACACUCAAGUCAGACGUAUCCAUGACGAACAUGAUGACAAACUAGACGUUGUCACCGAACAGUUAGAUAUUGUCAAACAAAGAUUAUUUGAGAAACACAAGCAGCUGGAGGACAGUCAACAGAAAGGAGCCAUGCUAGAGGAGCGCAUUGAAGAAAUGAACCAAAGACUUGUCAUGGUAGAUAGCAUGCUCACAGAUAAAACCUCCGAUAUUGUCAGACUGGAGGAGGAGCUAGCUGAGGAACAAGAAAAGGGUGAGCAGACACAGGCACGGUUGGAUGGUGAUGUAGACGAUCUCCGGGAAUCUCUGGAGGAGGCCCACGGUGAAAUUGAGUACCUGUCCCGAUACAAAAAAGGCUAUGAUGAUCUGUACAAUGCAUUUCUGGACCAGCCUGAAAUAGACGAUUUGCCCAAAAAGAACCUGAGACCUGUCAUAUCUACCAAAAGGGCUAACCUGAUGACAAACAUCGAGGCUGCCCAGCGUCUGGAGGAACAAAUCAUGAGUGUGAUGAACACAGCAGUGGAAGAGUUUGACAAGUUCCUAGAAGAGCAUAAAGAAGAGCUACAGAAGAUUGAGAUUCGUGACGAUCUGACCAAUGCUGAGUUUGAGGUCCAGGAGAUGGACAUUGAGCAGGCUGACCAAGAGCUGGAGGCAAUGCAGGACAGGUUCAGGAAUACAGUGGGAGACAUCAGCAAUGAGCUCCAGCUCCUCAAACAACACGGCACCAUGUUGAUGGAGCAGCUACAGACCCUGGAGCAGAACAAACCAACACUUGUAAAGAGAAAUAGAGAGAGAUCCAAGUUCUCUGACACCAAUAUCCAGCCAGGUUUGGGGAAGUCAGACUCCAUUUUGUCUGUUGGUCUCCAAGACACAGAGGCUGAUGAGGAGGGGGAUGCAGAUCCAUUUAUCCCCCAGGAGCGGGUUUUUGCCAAAUAUGCUGCCAUGCUGUACACCUCUAAUAACAUGUCUAAGUCAUUUGAGGAGUUUAAGGAUGCCAAGUUCUGCUCCAGCUGUGGUGAAAAGACCGUGAUAUGUCCACACAAGUUGCCUGGUGUUGACAAGGUCAUUGUUCUCCCACACAACACGACCCACAUCAAAAUCACACGGCCAAAGGUCCGAAUCAACAAGGAACUCAUCGAUGAGAUGAUGAAGCCGCGUAGUCCAGAGCUGUCCUUCGACAUGCCGUCCACAGCAGCAUCCUACAGUCGCCCCCGUAUGGACAGUAGUGUGAUGACCAUCCAGACUCCGGCCACCUCUAGGGAGAGUCCAAGUCUAGUGGGCAGUGAGGCUCAUAUGGAUGGGUUUACAGGGAGACCACAACACACCAUGCACAGGCUGUUUGAUGACUACAAGGACAGAACUCACUUGGAGAGGAACAUUCCACGACAACUCUCCCUGGAACGAACACUGUCCCAGGUGGAGCAAUUUUGGGCAUACAUGAUCUGGACAGACGAGAAUGGUGACGAGAAUGACCUUCACCACUCGACCUUGGACCAUGUGUACCUGUAUAUGAGGGAGCGAUACAUCAUAGAAGAUAUCAUGUUCCUAUGUGCUCAUGACUUUUUAUCCUCAGUGGCAGAGUCAGGGGCAAUAAAUAAGACAGUCCAUGUGUUUGGCCACAUCCUUGCUGGUAACCUGGACGGAGCUGUGUUCCGCUACGCCAUGUUGAUGUCAGAUUUCAUUCAGGCCGUGGAAUGGAAGGAGGUGGAGGACUUCCGAGCGUUUGCCUCAGUUGUCUACCCUUUCCUUGGGGAGGAUGAUGUGGAGACCCUACAGAUGAGCUACACCUCCUUCAGUGAGAACAGAAUCUCAGAACAACUUGUCUGCCAGUUCCUUAUGCACCUGAUUCUCAAGUACAGGGAGCCAUGUUUCCAGGAGAUGGAGCACAAGAUCCUGCCAUUCCAGACUCAGGAGAGCGGUCAGCCCACGCUCAAUGAUAAGGAGUUUAAAGAAGCCAUUGACGCCGUUGUACCCCUGGCCAGUGAUAAACUCCGAAACAGACUGUUUUACGAGUCAGAGAAAGCUGUCAGGAUUGAUGGGUUCCAGGGGAAGGUCCCCAUUAUGAGACUGUCACAGAUUUGUGGUUACCUGUACCUACUCCAGAUUGCAAAUGUGACACGUGAAAAUGUAGCCAAUAAAGUAAUACAAUGGAGAGAACGGCCCCAUAGCUCAGGUUCAGAAAAGAAAACCCAUGAGUUACAAUUGGUUGAGACUGAUGAGCCAUUGAUCACGAUGAUGUCUGUCAAGAACCUGGCCACAAACAUUGCAAGGAGGCUGGUCGCCCGUACACUCAGAAUUGAGAAGCUUCGAUCGGAGGACUAGAAUUCGACAGGAGAGAGUGGAAAAUCAACAGGACUUGGAAUGGUACAGCUAGGAACCGGAAAGAGUGGGACCCAGGAGUGGCAUUGGAACCGGAAAUAGAAAGAUCUAGGAGUGGCAUAGGAACCAGAAAUAGAAGGAUCCGGGAGGCGGCUUUGACAGGGAACUGUGGAAUCAUGUUAAUAUACAGCCAUCCUUUAUUACAACAAACCUGGAUCAUUGUUGUAGAUUGACAGCUUUAUUAUAAUGAACUGUGAUCAAUGCAACAACUAUCAUGAUUUUACCCAUGACAAUUUAAGUUAAUUGGACUACGAGUAAUGUAAUUAUUUCCAAGUUUGUCAUACAAUGUUGAUGUAACAGUAUUACGUUGUAAACCUUUAGAUUGUCAAACGUCAAUUAUUUUAAAACCUUUUUUGGGGUUUACAAAAAAAGAGUGUCAUUUUAAAUUUUAAAACCGACUUUAGGUUAUAUUUAAUUAUUUCAUACGUAUUAUUAGAGAUUUCAUAGGUUAUAUUUACCGUGUGUGACACUAUUUUGUGACACCAAAUGCGGUUACCCUAUGUCUACAAUGUACAAACUCAUCGGACAUGGCCAGAAUAUGUUCCCUGUCUGUAGGACUAGACAUACACGGUUGUCUUAACUAUUUCAAGAUAGUUAUUAUUUCAAGACAAACACAGAGAGCAUGAUAUAUUAUUUAUGUUCUAUAUAUUUUUACCUGUGAUAUAUUGAUGCAUGUUUUACCUACUGAAACUAAGAGUAUACAUUUCUGUAUGUUAAGUGUGAAACGGUGUAUAUUUAUGUAUGUUGAAUAAAUGUUAUUGUUGA